AAAACUUGGUCCAAUAUGCUUCUAUUUCACAGCAACCAGCCAAGAAAUAGCGUUCAAUCCAUGACGCCACAUUACUUGUCUUUUUGAGUGAGGUGGGGUUGAUUUCGUGGUCCAUAAAUUGGUCCCCCAUCUCUCUCCUGCACGUCCGCUAAACCAGUAAGGUAAGGAUAUAGAAUGGAGGAGGAGACGGCCAAGAGUGCUCAUGUUCUGCUUCUUCCCUAUCCAUUAUUAGGCCACAUAAACCCAUUGCUCCAAUUUGCUGAUCGCCUUGCUAGCCACGGCUUCCGGGCUACUAUCGUGGCCCCGAUUCGAAGCCGAGGCGAUUUUCGUAAGGCAGACCCCUCUGCCCUUGCCUCUGUCAAUCUUGAAUUCUUCUCCGAUGGCCACGACAAUGGGUUUCCGCUAGAUCUCAGUCUCAAGGCUCAAGAUUCCAAUUUCAGCCGUGUCGGCUCACGGGCAGUGGGCGACCUCAUAGAUCGGCUGACUUUAGAGGGUGCGAGACCCGUCUGCCUCAUCUACAACUCGUUUCUUCCUUGGGCCUUAGAUGUUGCCCAUCACCAUGGUAUCCUCGGGGUUACCUUCCUCACGCAGCCUUGUGCAGUGUGCACCAUAUACAUUCGCUACAUUCGUGGGUUUCCAGUCUUGCCGAAAGAGCCCGAUGGAUGUGUAGCGAUCCCAGGUUUGCCGCUGUUGGGCUUGCGAGAUCUACCGUCGUUCAUCACCCAAACUGAAGGCGAUCCUUACCACCUUGAGUUGUUGUCGGGCCAGUUCAAGAACAUAGACCAAGCAGAUUAUGUGCUUGUGAACUCAUUUGACAGCUUAGAGGCAGAAGUAAGGAGGGAGAUGGCAGAGCCCUGGUCUCCGAAGUUGAUCGGGCCGGCGCUUCCAUCAGUCUACAUAGGCAGCAGAAAUCCAAGAGCAUCAAAGACAAGUGAUGAACAAGGGAAGCCCACCGAUUGUCUCCAUUGGCUAGAUGACAGGUCUGCCGGGUCCGUGGUGUAUGUCUCAUUCGGGAGCUUGGCAGCUCUUUCCCCCGAGCAAAUGGAGGAGGUCGCCGGUGCCUUGCGCUGGUGCAAGUGGCCGUUCUUAUGGGUGGUGAGGCUGCCAUUUGCAAACCAAAAGGGUGGAAAUGCAUUACCACAGGGAUUUAUAGAGGCCACAUCCGAGCAAGGGCUGGUGGUGCCCUGGUGCCCACAGCUCGAUGUCCUUGUGCAUAGAGCUGUCGGAUGUUUCGUAACCCAUUGCGGAUGGAACUCGACACUCGAGGGGCUAACCCAAGGGGUGCCCAUGAUCGCGAUUCCGCAGUGGAGUGACCAGCCAACAAACUCAAAGCUCGUUUCCGACGUCUGGAAGUUGGGCGUGCGUGCCGAGGCAGACGAGACAGAAGUGGUUCGUAGAGGAGAACUAGAGAGGUGCAUAAGGGAGGUGAUGGAAGGUGAGAGGGGCGCAGAGUUGAGGAGGAAUGCAGAGAGGUGGAGAGAUUUGGCUCGGGAGGCUGUCGCCGAUGGGGGCAGUUCAGAUAAUAACAUUAAAGAGUUUGUGGCCAAGAUGUCUUCUUCCAUGCAGGAUGGACCUGGACCGGACCUAAAUAGUAUUCAAGCCUAGGUUUUGGAUCAGACCCGACCUUUCAGGUCCAAAAAUUGAAUCAUAACAAUACCCAUUGGGUCUCAGGUCCGGUCCGGUGGAUUCCCACCUUCUGAUUAUGUGCUUUUUUCUUUCUUUUAUUUACCAUCAUAUAAAUAUAAUAAUGACAACAAGGUCACAAUCACCCACUAUUAGAUUGUAAGAUAUCUAAUUUAUUGUUUAAUAGUUAAAUAUGACUACGAGUUUUUAUUGCAUA